CCGCGGCCAGCCCAGUCCGCAAAACUGGUGCCUUCAGUAGAACGCAGCUGGUUGGCCGCGUGGCAAGAUAAUCGGAUUGGCGGAUUAGUUCACGUGAUGAGCGUUUAAGUGCUUUAUCUGUUGACCGUUGCUCUCAAUCAGGUCUGGGCUGACGUGCCUACAAGUUGUGGUUUAAAGAAGACGUGCAUCGACAGAAGUGCCUACGCGUCCGCAGCAGGCAUCCGCAGAGACCGGCAUUAUGCCUUGGCGAUCAUGAAACAAGUGUGACUCUUGGACAGGGGAAGGCACCUUUAAAAGUGAAGAGUAAAAGGCUUUGAUCAGUAUCUGUCUACACACCAAAGCUUAUCCUUUCCUGUAUUAUAAGCUCACAUGAAAUUGCUGUACCUAUAUCUUGUGGGCCUCCAAAAUUGACUCACAUCUACUUGGCAACUCAUUUUUGAAGCUCCAUCCUGAACCUGCACCACAAAAUGGGCAACCAGCCUAAGGCUGUUGAUGAUCUCAUUCAAGCAUUAUCAUACCAUAACCUCCGUCCUGUAAUCCUUCAUGGCUACGCUCUGCCUUUCAUUACUCUCUAUCUUACUUGGAUCUACAUCUGGGUCUUUGUCCGUGGAUUUGAAGAGCACUAUGAAGUUGGACUGAUUGGCAUUGCGGUGAUAGGGUUUGUUCAGAUUCUCACAAGCUUGUUUUGCUUGUGGUCAGUAUCUGUGAAAGUUAUCCUAACCACUUCUCUGGUCAAAUGCCCCACAAAAGCUGCAUAUGUUAAGGUUGUUCCUACUCCAAACAAUGGGUCAUCAGAACUUAUCAGCCUACAUCACCAGAAGGAUGCAAAUGGAGCUGAGGUCAUCUGGUUCAGGUUUCAGAAGGCCAAGUACUUCUGGGAUGACAACAAAAAACAGUUUCGGGCUGUGGAGUUCCCAGUCCAUAACACUCUGGCAUGGUACAAUGCAUGGAGGGGCUAUGAAGAUGAGGAGCAGCUCAAAAGAGCCGAGUGGACUUAUGGAACGAACAUGCUGGACUUGGACGUCCCAGAGUUCGGGGAGCUAUUCAAAGAGCGGGCAGCUGCCCCGUUCUUUGUGUUCCAAGUAUUCUGCGUGGCCCUGUGGUGUAUGGAUGAGUACUGGUACUACUCCAUAUUCACGCUGAUGAUGCUGGUGAUGUUUGAGUGCACGCUGGUGCAGCAGCAGAUGCGGAACAUGUCCGAGAUCAGAAACAUGGGCAACAAACCGUACACCAUACAGGUGUACCGAGGCAAGCGGUGGCGUCCGCUGCCCUCUGACCAGCUGGUGCCGGGCGACAUCGUGUCGGUGACGCGCUCCGAGCACGUGGUGCCCUGCGACCUGCUGCUGCUGCGCGGGCCCUGUAUCGUCGACGAGAGCAUGCUGACCGGCGAGUCGGUACCCCAAAUGAAGGAGCCGGUGGAGGACUGUGAGCCCUCUCAGGAGCUGGACUUGGACACAGAGGGCAAGCUGCACGUGCUGUUCGGUGGGACCAAAGUCGUGCAGCAUACGACGCCGCCCAAAACGACGUCCACGCUGCGAGCCUCGGACAACGGCUGUGUGGCGUACGUGCUGCGCACCGGCUUCUCGACGUCUCAGGGCAAGCUGCUGCGCACCAUCAUGUACGGCGUCAAACGCGUCACGGCCAACAACCUGGAGACGUUCGGCUUCAUCCUCUUCCUGCUCGUGUUCGCGAUCUCCGCCGCCUCCUACGUCUGGAUCGAAGGGACUAAGGACCCCAACCGCAACCGAUACAAGCUGUUCCUGGAAUGUACCCUGAUCCUGACGUCCGUGGUGCCGCCCGAGCUGCCCAUCGAGCUGUCCCUGGCCGUCAACAGCUCGCUCGUCUCGCUCAUCAAGCUGUACGUCUACUGCACGGAGCCGUUCCGUAUACCGUUCGCCGGCAAGGUGGAGAUCUGCUGCUUCGACAAGACGGGCACCCUCACCAGCGACAACCUGAUCGUGGAGGGCGUGGCAGGACUCAGGGACCGGCCGGAGAUCUGCGAGAUCAGCGACGCGCCGCCGGAGACGGUGCAGGUGCUGGCCUCGUGCCACUCGCUGGCCCAGCUGGAGGACGGCCUGGUGGGCGACCCGCUCGAGAAGGCCACGCUCACCGCCGUCGACUGGAAUCUCACGCGAGGGGACGCGGUCAUACCGCGGAAGGGUAAGAUGCCGGGCAUGAAGAUCUUCCACCGCUACCACUUCUCGUCGGCGCUCAAGCGCAUGUCGGUGCUGGCGGGCUACACUGAGCCGGGCACGUCGGAGACGCACUACCUGGCCACCGUCAAGGGCGCGCCCGAGACGCUGAAGCCCAUGUUCGUGGACGCGCCGGACGACUACGACGUCACCUACCUGAAGAUGUCGCGGCGCGGCGCGCGCGUGCUGGCGCUGGGCCGCCGGGACCUGGGACGCCUCAGCCACCAGCAGGUGAAGGAGUUGACGCGGCAGGGCAUCGAGGCCGAGCUGGAGUUUGCCGGCUUCGUGGUCAUCUCGUGCCCGCUGAAGGCUGACUCGCGCGCCGUCAUCAAGGAGAUUCUGGCCUCGUCGCACCAGGUGGCCAUGAUCACCGGCGACAACCCGCUGACGGCGUGUCACGUGGCGCGCGAGCUGCGCUUCAGCGGCCCGGGCCGCACCAUGCUCGUGCUCAGCCGACGCGGCGACACGUGGGGCUGGCUCAGCAUCGACCAGACGGUCUGGCUGCCGCUCAAGCCCAAGUCCUGGCGCGACAUGCUAGCCAGCCACGACCUCUGCGUCACCGGCGAGGGCGUCAGCUUCCUGCAGCAGCGAUCGGCGCAGCUGCUGCAGACGGUGCUGCCGCAGGUGCGCGUGUUCGCGCGCGUUGCGCCCAAGCAGAAGGAGCUGGUGAUCACGACGCUGAAGCACCUGGGCUACACCACGCUCAUGUGCGGCGACGGCACCAACGACGUCGGCGCCCUCAAGCACGCGCAUGUUGGUGUGGCUAUCCUGGCGAACGCGCCUGAGCGUCUGCCGACCAAAAAGAAGCGCGAGCCGGCGGCCGGGGCGGCGGAGGCGGCCUCGCCGCGAGACAAGCUGGACCAGCUGGUGGCGCGCGGCAAGCUGGGCCGACGCAACGACCGGGCCCGCCCCGACCGGCCGAUCGGACCCAGACAGGAUCGGAUCAUCCAGCUUCAAAACAUGUUGAAGGAGAUGGAAGAGGAGGAGGGCGCGCAGGUGGUGAAGCUGGGCGACGCCUCUAUCGCCGCGCCCUUCACCUCCAAACUGUCGUCAAUCAACAGCGUGUGCCACAUCAUCAAGCAGGGCCGCUGCACGCUCGUCACCACGCUGCAGAUGUUCAAGAUCCUGGCGCUCAACGCGCUUAUCCUGGCGUUCUCCCAGUCGGUGCUCUAUCUGGACGGCGUCAAGUUCUCCGACGGCCAGGCCACCCUGCAGGGCGUCCUUCUCGCCGGCAGCUUCCUCUUCAUCUCGCGCUCGAAGCCACUCAAGGUGCUAUCCAGGCAGCGGCCGUUGCCCAACAUCUUCAACGUGUACACCAUCCUGACGGUGCUGCUGCAGUUCGCCGUCCACUUCAGCUGCCUCGUCUUCCUCGUGUCCGAGGCCAAGGCGCGCAUGCCCCAACGGGAGAGCGGGUUCGCAGACCUGGAGAAGGAGUUUGAGCCUAACAUCCUGAACUCCACGGUCUACAUCAUCUCUAUGACGCUGCAGGUGGCUACGUUCGCCAUUAACUACAGGGGCCACCCGUUCAUGGAGAGCCUGUCGGAGAACCGGCCACUGCUCUACAGCAUCGUCGGCUCGCUGGUCGUCGUGUUCACGCUAGCGCUGGGCUUCAUGCCCGAUCUCAAUCAGCAGUUCUCCGUCGUCGAGUUCCCGCAAGAUUUCCGCACGGUGCUGGUGCAGGUGCUGAUGGCCGACAUCGUGCUCUCCUACAUCGUCGACCGGGCCGUGCGCUUUCUGUUCGGCGAGGCGCGGCUACGCAAGGAGCUGCGCGACCACUAGGACAAUCGGCCGCACCAGCGCGCGGGGGCGGGCGCUGUCCGGCGCUGGCCCGUCCCCGCCCGCCGGUCCCGGUCCCGGUCCACGCCGGCGGGCCGGUCCCGUAUCGUGUCACACGCGGCGCGGCGCCGCCGCAUUGGUGUAGUCGUAUGCUAACCGCCGACGGUGCGGGGAGCGUCGUGGGUGCGUGAGGCCCCGGUCGUCGGAAUCGCGGUCAAGGCCGCGGCACAGCCCUCACCUGCCGCGCGCGCGCGCGCGCAUGCCCCCACUCGCCUGUUCGUUUGUGGCGAUGCUUAGCUUGCUGGAGGCGGGCCUGACGGCGCGGCGGUGGAACAUUUUAGCACUGGUAAUUGUUGUUCUCGCUCCCCUACCCUCGCAGAGCCUCGGCCGCAGUGGUGGUGACACCGCGGAUUGGUCUUGCUCUGCGAGCGGUCGCGGAUGCAGUGGUGGCAGUGGUGGAGUGACGUUGCAUCGCUGUAUGUGGAUGUGGGCAAUAUAUGCGCUACGAACGCCGCGUUA